AUGAUUUCCCUUUUGGUCCCUAAAUCAAAAGCAAAACAAUGGAAAGACUAUUUACAAAGUCAUAAUUGUUUUCUUAAAUCAAUUGGGAUCGUCUCAGGCUCAAAAAUAGCCGCUUAUUUGGUAAAUCAGACAGGCGAUGUUCCUUUAGACAAAUAUGUACUCAUACCCACUUCUUAUGAGGAAAAUAAUUUACCGAAAGAAAUAAUUGACUGCUGUGAUCUCCAAAUUAUUCAUAAUGCGUCGUUGCGAACGGGUAUGGAAAGGAAUUCCUUACAAGAACGCGUCUUGGCUUGUGUAGCUGGAGCAAUUGGAAAACGAGUAGCGGCAGAACAAUUCAUUGUUCCUACGAGGUUCGUUAUAUAUCCCCCAAUGGCUCUUUUAUCUUCAAGUAGCUUCUCUACGAAGGAAUGGUUUGCGUUCUUUCAGCAAUACAGGAAUACGGAGGUAGUUAAUAAGCUUUUUUCGAUUUUUGCAGAGGAGUGGAAAGUAACGCAUAUCGCAUUAAAUGAGCCGAUUCCCAUAAAUGAUAUUAUGAGAAGGCCAUUGGCUUUGCGACCUCUUUAUGGUAAUUUUGGUAAACCAGUGUGGGGAGAACCUAGCACCGAAGAUUUUGAAAACGCGUUUUGGGUUCAUUGCAGACAGAAUGGAAUCUAUCAAACAUGGGCACCUCUUUAUACAAUGUUUUCUCGUGGAAACUCGAUUGAAAAAGCCAGAGUCUUAAACUUUGAAAAUAUUCAUAAUGAGGUUAUUGCCGAUUUAUACGCUGGCAUUGGAUAUUUUUCUUUUUCAUAUGUCAAAGGAAAAGCCAAAAGUGUUGUUUGUUGGGAAAUUAAUCCGUGGAGCAUCGAAGCUUUACGACGAGCUGCUAUUGUUAACAAUUGGUCUGUCUGCGUCGUUCGGCAUAACGAGGAUUACAACUUUAGAAUGGGAUCUCAUCAACUUGUAGUAUUCCAUGAGAGCAAUGAAUACGCGCAUGCACGUUUAGGUUCUUUAGACACGUCGGCUAAACACGUCAAUCUUGGAAUGCUUCCUUCUAGUAGAGAUGCGUGGAACUUGAGCGCCUCAAUUGUUAAGCGAGAACCUGGAUCUUUUAUUCAUGUACAUGAAAACGUAAUGGAGGAUCGUAUUGAAAGAUAUGGUAAGGAAAUAAACGAGGAGUUUAAAAACAAACUGAAAAUGCAAACUACUUAUCAAGUUAAUCGGGUGAAAUCGUUUUCGCCGCGAGUUUGGCAUGUUGUAUAUGAUAUACGGAUAAUUUAG